AUACAUGAAACACGUCACACCGGAAGCUGAAGGACGUUUUACUGGUUAAAGCUGGUUAAAGCAACGCUCUAAAAAGCUCUGAUGGCUGUUGACUGGGUUGGAUAUGGAUAUGCAGCCCUCGUUGCCUCUGGAGGAGUCAUGGGUUAUGUCAAAGCAGGCAGUGUCCCUUCUUUGGCAGCUGGACUGUUAUUUGGAGGUCUAGCAGGUUUUGGUGCCUACAAUAUAUCACAAAACUCCCAAAACAUUUGGGUGUCUUUAGCUACAUCAGGAACCUUGGCUACUCUCAUGGGGAAAAGAUUUUACAACUCUCGGAAGAUAAUGCCUGCGGGUAUAGUGGCUGGAGCAAGUAUUCUGAUGCUGGCAAAGCUUGGUGUUGGAGUCCUGCAGAAGCCUCAAGAUUCAUAAAAGUCACUGAUAAAAAGAAA